CGAUUUCACAAUCACAAUCACAAUCUAAAUUAAAACCAGCCAGCAAGGAAACUCAGGCCUAAAAACAAGGUACGAUCACCAACUGCAAAACACAUACUUACACACUUCCUCUUUCAUCCUGAUCCUCUUUCUCUCUCUACAAAUCUUUUCCUUUAUUUAUCUUGCUGUCCACCCACGAACCCAUCAUCAACAAAACAUGGAGCCGAAGAGUCAACACGCACCCCUCAUCAAUGGCCCAACUUGGACCAAGAUUUAUGUCGAACAAGAAAUACAAAAAACAAAAUCUUGAAAGAUACAGAGAAAAAGAAGAAAAGAGAUAUAGAUAGAUGAGAUGUCUUCAAAUUCCAACCAAACCCACCGAUUUAAUUAUGAUUAUGACAGAUAUACCCUUCUGCAACCCCCAAAAUGUGGUCUUUUUGGGGCUUUCUAUUUGGUCAGAUAUUCAUAUUCAUAUUCAUCACAAACAACAACAGAGAAAACAGGGAAAGCAAGAAACUUCUCAUCACCCAUCACACCCUUUCGUCUUUCUUUAUUUAAGUCUUUCUUCCCAACACCCUUCUCUCUCGAGAGCCUCGUCUUUUUAUUUCUUCUUCACGAAACUUGAGAUCUGAUGAGUAAGAAGAUGAAAAGGGUUACUUUUGAUUCGUCUUCUCUUGCGUCGUAUGAGGAUGCUAGGGCAAGAAUUAAGCAUCAAACCCUUCUUCAAGAUUUUAUAGAGUUACAACAGGAAACAGAAGCCCAAAGAAGCAAUUUGAUGGCUUUGAAACAAAAGAAACUAACCUUACAAGCCGAAGUUAGGUUCUUGAGGCAAAGAUACAAAUUUCUAACAAAUAACAAGUCAUCGUCGACUCCAAAAGAACAAUUAUUUUCAAAAUCGCACUCAACCCGAGUCAAAAAAAGCAAAAAAGAGAAGGUUAAUCAUGAAAAGCAAUCACCUUUACGCAACAUCAAGAAAAAAGCUCCUGAAUUCGACUUGAAUCUUGGAAAUUCUUUACAUGUAAAAGAACAAUCUGUUCAAAGAGCAAUUUCAAACCAACGGGUCAGGAUCAACGGGCCAAAGAUUAACCCAUUUCUUGAUUCAAACCCGCAAAACAAUCUUUUUGGAUAUCCAGAACCCACGGGUCAAAAAAAACCCGUAAUCGACUUGAACCAGAUAUCUAGAGAAGAAGAGGAAUUACAAGAUCAAUGUCAGCCGUUUGAUCAUCAUCACACAAAUGUGCGGCUAUCAAUCUUUAGGAAUGUUCCGGGUGGUUCUGGUUUGGAUUUGGGUCCGGGUCCGGGUUCGGGUUUGAGGGUUAAGUCUGUGAAGAGGAAGAUAUCUUGGCAAGAUCCUGUGGCUUUAAGUGUAUGGGGUGUAUAAAUAGAGGGUUUUGCUAUAUAUGGAAAGAAAUUUUGGUUUUAUGGUGGUUAAUUUUUAGGGUUUUGAGAGUGGUUUUGUGGUUUAGAAGGAAGUUUUUUGUAGAUAGAGUUUCUUAGAUUUGUGGGUAAUGAGAAUGGGAGAGAAAGAUGAAAUUCUUUUGUUGGUUUGUUUGGGUGAUUGGUGAAAUUCUUGUGAAGGGU